UGGAACCGGUUGUAUCCACUGGGCGGGCGCGAGCGAGCGAGUGGAUACAUUGGGCUCAGGCGAUACAAUCUUUGAUACAAAGUGUUCCAGCGCCGCGGCCACAGACAGCUGAGGGGCAGCGACUCGUCCCGACCUAGACCACCAGCAAACCCCGCUCCUCCUGGACCGGAUCGCACCUCCUGGACCGGAUCGCAGCCCGGGAUCAGCAGCAGCAGCAGCAGCAACUCAUCCCGGGACCGGAGCUCUCAUCCCAUCUGAGAUCACAUCCAGGAGCUGAGAUCUGAUCCCAUCCCUGGACUAGGAAGUGAACCAGAACCAGAACCAGGAAGUCCAAGUCAGCGGGAGCUGAGGACGUUGAUCCGGGAUCGAGUCCUGAGGAAGAAAGAGAAGAUGGAAGUUUUUCUGUGUCACCCGGUGCUGAAGGCCUUCAUGUGCGGCUCUCUGAGUGGGACCUGCUCCACGCUGCUCUUCCAGCCCCUUGACCUGGUGAAGACUCGCCUACAGACCGUGCAGAGCUCCGUCAAUGGAUCUGGGCGAGUUGGAAUGAUCACCAUUUUGCUGAAUGUUAUUCGCACAGAGAGAAUCAUCGGAUUGUGGAAAGGUGUCUCUCCGUCGUUUGUCCGAUGCAUCCCUGGUGUUGGCAUUUACUUCAGCACGCUCUACUCCACCAAGCAGCACUUCUUCAGCGAGAGGAGCCCCUCGGCACUGGAGUCGGUGGCUUUAGGCGCCAGUGCUCGCACAGUAGCGGGCGUCUGCAUGUUGCCCGUAACCGUGGUGAAGACGCGAUACGAGAGUGGGAAGUUUCAGUACGAAAGCGUGUUCAGUGCUUUGAGAAAUAUCUACAAGACUGAGGGCGCGCGGGCACUGUUCAGCGGGCUGACGGCCACACUCCUCCGCGAUGCCCCCUUCUCUGGGAUUUACCUCAUGUUCUACACACAGACCAAGCAAGCAGUACCCGAAGACCGGUACCAGACGCCAAUUCUCCCUCUGAUCAACUUCGGCUGUGGCAUCUUUGCGGGCAUUUUGGCUUCCUUGGUGACGCAGCCAGCAGAUGUGGUGAAGACACACAUGCAGCUCUCUCCCGAAAAGCAUCGGCAAGUUAGACACACCAUCGUCUUCAUCUUUGAGAACCACGGCUUGGUGGGGUUUUUCCGCGGCGCCGUUCCUCGAUCGUUGCGCCGAUCCCUCAUGGCGGCCAUGGCCUGGACGGUCUACGAACAGAUGAUGACCAAGCUGGGCCUCAAGUCGUGAAGAGCCCAGCAGUUAAAGGAAAGAACCGUUGGAUAAUGGAGAGAAGGGACUAUCUCACUGGAGUUUUGUGUGCUGAGACUUCAAAUGGCUUGCGGCCUUUCGAGCGUGAACAGUGGUACUUUAUCUAUGGUUAAAAAACAAAAAACUGGCUUCAUAGCAGAGUGAAGUUUACGCAGUGUUUCCACGGGGCCAGCGAAUUCCUGGCAGAAGUGCACAUUUCUCCGUAACUUUGAACUCUGCGCUGUUCCACUGAUGUUAUGUAACAGCCAGGAUGCACCUGCUUGUAACUGGACCCUGCCCGAUCUUUUCCCGAUUAGCUUGUGUUCCUCAGGGCUGUUGGCCUUGAGAUGGUGGAAACCAAACAGCAGGUUGUUAAACUACUCCAGGCAUAAACACUUGGCCGAGGCUGAGCUUGUUACUCCUGCUGAUUGUGGCAAAGCCCAGUUAACCACAGAGUGGAGGAGAGACUUCACCUUGCGUGUGUGAGACAACACACACACACACACACACAGCGCAGCGUGGAAACCUUCACAACGCUUGCCAUAUUAAACAAUUGCACGUUAUUAAAGAAUAAAUGUGUGUGAAUACGCUGCCUCCUGCCACCCCAAGCUAUCCGGAUCAGAACAAACCUGGUCCACAGUGUGAGAUGGACCGUCAAUGGGAUGGCUACAGGUGUCUUCUCCUCCCCUGAUCUGUGAAAGACAAGAGGGGGGGGGGAAAUGAACCUCGGUUUCCUGCAAAUUGUCCUUCUGCGGUCGCCUGCAUGUGUGUCGCUUGUGAUUCCCACCAAAGUUGAAUUGUCUGCAUGUCUUCCCAGCUUGAUCAUGAAGAAUGGGACAGUGAAGCUUGCUCUGACUGGGGGAGUUGGAGAUGUAGGUAUGGCAGCCUGAAGAAGGGUCUCGACCCCCCCCCCCCCGACAUCGCCCAUUCCUUCUCUCCAGAGAUGCUGCCUGUCCCGCUGAGUCACUCCAGCUUUAUGUGUUCCCACUCCACCUUCCUUCCUCCCCCUCACUUCCUUGCCCCAUCCAGUUGCACGCCCAUCUCUCCCUCUACCUCGCUCUCCUUUUCCCCUGUCCCCUUCCACCGAUAUCCCUUCCUCGAGCCUCGAAUUUAAUUCUUCUUCUCACAAUCUUACAUCCUUUUUGUCUCCUUUAUAUCUCCCGCCUUUAGAGUUAUUGAGUGAUACAGUGUUGACACAGGCCCUUCGGCCCAACUUGCCCACACCGGCCAACAUGUCCCAGUUACACUCGUCCCACCUGCCUGCCUUUGGUCCAUAUCCCUCCAAACUAUCUUAUCCACGUACUUUGUCGUCUACUACGUCCAUCUGAUGAUCAAAAGCCUCCCUCACCCGUACCCACCUAUCACUUGCUGCCAGGCCUUGUCCCUCUUCCAGCUUUCUCCCCCCACCCCACUCCCAUCAGUCUGAAGGGUCCUGACCUAAAAACAUCACCUGUCCAUGUCCUCCAGAGAUGCCGCCAGACCAACUGAGUUUCUACCGCAGAUGGUGUAUUUUUCUCUGCUUUUAUUAGAAGUCUGAUUUAUGUAUCUUCCAAUGGUGUAUUCUUAUUGCGGCAUAAUUAAUCUCAGUUCGUGUUUGCCUACUUAUGAGUUGACACCAACUAUCAUUAUGCUGACUGGAAAGUGUUAAAAAUGUUUGGAAAGAGAGACGUGUAGUUAUAAUCUCCCUGUGAGACAUUUACCACAGUUAAUAGACUUUAGGAUGUUAUGCAAUCGACUGUGUUAGCUGUAAUGUCCCAGUAUGACGCAGAAUGAAUGCUUCUUUGAACAGGAAUCGGCUUCAUCUGGCGUGGUGCCAGUGCUGGUUACUGGCACAAAGGUGAGGUGCCUGCAGCGAGGGUGGGAGUGUUGGGAUGAGCUCAGCUUUCUAGUACUGUUGAUCGGAAGGUGUGUACUGGAGUGGGGUUUGCAGAGUAACACAGCCAGUGAGGGGCUCUGUGUAUGGGGGGGGGAAUGUUGGAGGAUCUUGCCAGGCGCUUCUUCUUGCGUAUGGCGUGCACAGCCUACAGUUAGAGGACAACUUGUUCUAUUUGAUUGUGCAUGCCGGGUUGAUUGCAUUCGUCGAAGCAGGGCGGACCACGUGAAGGUUGCAAUCUCCCACCCCCUUGCCAUGCUUUGUUGACAGCAUUGUAGCAGGAAAGGGCUAAUGGAGAUGUUUGAGCUGCUAUUAGCUACAGUCCAGUAUUGAGCUUUAAAGCUGUGAUCUUCCUGCCAAGUACCAUGUUAUCUCAUGAACCUGCCCAGUCCAAUCCACCGUUGCCCAGGCAGUUCCAGCUGUUCUAUGCUUCUUGCUUUCAGAGCGAAUCAAUGGGUCAGGUUGACAGGAAUGGGCUGUUUCUGGUGUUGUUGCCUCAUGAACUGGGGUCAUCAAACUUGUGAUCUCUGGCUGUUCCUGGGAAAUCUGUAUUGAACUUUUUUUUCUAUGCUGCCACACAAUGCUCCCAAACACCCCUUUACUGGAAAAAAAAAGCUUCAUGAGAAAUAAGUUGUAGAUGGAUCUGAAGAAGGGUCUCAACCCGAAACGUCACCCAUUCCUUCUAUCCAGAGAUGCUGCCUGUCCCGCUGAGUUACUCCAGCAUUUUGUGUCUUGUCUUUGGUGUAAACUAGCACCUGCAGUUGCUUCCCACACAAGUUGUAGGUUUUAAGUUUUUAAAUUCUUGUUUAAUACUAACAAAGCUGUUAUACCAACCCUAGGUAUUGUUAUCAUGCAGCCUGAAUAUGUGGUUUAUUCCGGGGGGUGGUUGCUAAAUCUCCUCCCUUUCUGCAGCCCAAUGUUCCCGAGCUAGCCUGGCCCAUCCAAGUAUCAUUCAAGUGGGCUCAGUGCUGCGUGGAGACAUAAUUGGGGUCCCAUACCCGAGUCUUGGUGAUCUCCAAGAGGCUGCUGCAGAGAUCAUUGCCUUGAUGCACUCAAUCUAAGCCUGAUCACUCCCCAAGCAUACCUAUAACUCGGCUUUUUUUUAAAACUGAUUAUUAAUUUUAAUGUUCAACAUGAAAUGUUCCAAUGUUGAAUGGAACCACCAGUAUAAUGUUGAAUGAUUCUAUGUGCCUGUGAUGCUGCUGCAAGCAAGAUUUUCAUUGUACCUGGCUGUACCUCACUAUACUUGUGCAUAGGACAAUAAACAUGACCUGACAAAAA